AUGGAUCUGGUGAAUCAGACAAUAGUGACUGAGUUUUAUUUCUCUGAUUUCCCUCAAUUUGAGAAAGGUAGCCUCUUAUUCUUCAUUCCUUUGCUCUUUAUUUAUGUGUUCAUUAUUGUUGGAAAUUUCAUAAUUUUCAUUGCUGUCCGGCUGGACACUCAUCUCCACAAUCCCAUGUACAACUUUAUAAGCAUCUUCUCUUUCCUGGAGAUUUGGUACACCACCGUGACCAUUCCCAAGAUGCUCUCUAACCUGGUGAGUGAACAGAAGACCAUCUCUUUCACUGGCUGCCUCUUGCAGAUGUAUUUCUUCCAUUCACUUGGGGUCACAGAAGCCCUUGUCCCCACAGUUAUGGCUAUUGACAGGUAUGUUGCCAUCUGUAACCCUCUGCAUUAUGUAAUCAUUAUGACCCCUCGACUGUGCAUUCAGCUAUCCUCUGGCUCUUGCAUCUUUGGCUUCCUUGUGUUACUACCAGAGAUUGUGUGGAUUUCUACUCUUCCCUUCUGUGGCCCCAGCCAAAUUCAUCAACUCUUUUGUGACUUUGAACCUGUGCUACGCUUGGCCUGUACAGACACGUCUGUGAUUCUGGUUGAAGAUGUGAUCCAUGCUAUUUCCAUCUUGACCUCUGUCUCCAUCAUCACCCUUUCCUAUUUAAGAAUCAUCAUCGUGAUCCUGAGAAUUCCCUCCAGUGAGAGUCGUCAGAAGGCAUUCUCCACCUGUGUGUCCCACAUCACUAUUUUCUUGCUGUUUUUUGGCAGUGUAACACUCAUGUACCUUCGGUUCUCUGUCACAUUCCCACCACUACUGGACAAGGCCAUUGCACUGAUGUUUGCUGUCCUUGCCCCAUUUUUUAACCCAAUAAUCUACAGCCUGAGGAACAAAGACAUGAAGGACGCCAUCAAGAAACUCCUCUGCUCUCAAAAGAUAUUCAUUGUCUCUAGGAACUAA